AUGAGUGAGACAGAAGAAGAAAAGAGUUCCGCAGCACUAAGGGAAAAGGGAAACAACCUUUUUAAAGCCGGGGACAUGCAGGGUGCUGUGUGUUGUUACACGAGAGCACUGAAGUUGAGUGACAACAGACAAGAGAGUGCUGUACUUUACCGCAAUCGUUCUGCAUGCUACUUGAAGCUGGAGGAUUAUAACAAAGCAGAGACGGAUGCCUCAAAAUCCCUGGAAACUGAUCCAGGUGAUGUGAAAGCCAGAUUUCGGAGGGCACAGGCUUUUCAGAAACUUGGACGUUUUGACCAAGCCUUUGUGGAUGCGCAGAAGUGUGCCCAGCUUGAGCCCAAAAACAAAGCAUUCCAAGACCUCCUCAGACAGUUGGGGGCACAAAUUCACCAAAAGUCUCUACAACUAAACUCCACAGAUGCACGUGUGCAACAGAUGUUCUCUCUCCUUGUAGAUCCAGCUGUAAAAGAUUCUGACCGGCUAAAGGCUGCCCAGAAUCUAGUGGUGUUAUCCAGGGAGGAUGCCGGAGCAGAGCAGAUAUUCCGUAACGAUGGCGUGAGGUUGAUACACCAACUCCUUCAGUCAAAGCAGGAGGAUGUUGUCCUUUCUGCUCUAAGGACUCUGGUUGGCUUGUGUACAGAUCAUCAGUCCAGGACCAUGGCAAUAGUGAAUGAACUUGGCAUGGAGCAACUAUGCAAAAUAAUGGGAUCGGGAGGCCCGUCCGUUUCUCUGGCAACCUGUCACUUGCUGCAGGUGAUGUUUGAAGCUCUCACAGAGGGCAUGAAAAGGGAAGUCAGGGGAAAGGAAGAAGCCAUACUUCUUGAACCAUCCAAGGAGCUUCGUUCAAUGUUUCAUCACCUCCUGGAGAUGAUGCCAGCAUCAAAUGUGUCAGGACCAGGCAGAGAUAAUGCCAUCAAUCUUUUAGUCAAACAAGUACCCCGCAAAUCCUUAAAAGUCCCAGACAACUCUCUAACACUGUGGGUAAUAGACCAAGGACUGAAGAAGAUUUUGGAGGUGGCCGCAUCAGUGCCUGAGCUCUCAGAAGGGCCAGCACUCACAGAGAACUCCCACAUGAGCUGUGCAGUCUUGCUAAACAAGCUUUAUGAUGAUCUUCAAAGUGACAAGGAACGGGAGAACUUCAACAAACUAUGUGAAGACUACGUUCGACAACACUUCAACCAGACGGGCCUUAACGGCAAGCUGCGAGCCAUCCAGACCGUAUCUGUACUCCUCCAAGGCCCAAGUGAUGUUGGCAACCAAACCCUGGAGAUGUCAGGAAUGAUGGAUGCAGUUAUAUCAUUGUGUGCAUCUGAAGAUGUAAUUCACCAGCAGGUUGCAGUGGAGGCUCUUAUUCAUGCAGCAGGUAAAGCGAAGAGGGCUUCCUUCAUCACAGCCAAUGGAGUAACACUUCUGAAGGACCUCUACAAGAAAAGUGAGAAUGACAGGAUACGUGUGAGAGCCCUGGUGGGUUUGUGCAAGCUUGGAUCAGCUGGGGGGACAGAUUUUAGCAUGAAGCAGUUUGCAGAAGGAUCUACACUAAAGCUCUCCAAACAGUGCAGGAAGUGGCUUUGUAAUGAGUCUCUGCCUCCUACAUCCCGUCGGUGGUCGGUGGAAGGUCUCGCCUAUCUCACCUUUGAUGCUGAUGUGAAAGAGGACUUGGUUGAAGACAAGACUGCGCUUCAUGCUAUGUUUGAACUUGCAAAGUCUGAGGACAAAACAGUGCUCUUUGCUGUUGGCUCCACUCUGGUGAACUGCACCAACAGCUAUGAGGUGGAAAAGCCUGAUCCGCAGAUGGUUGAGCUGGCCAAAUAUGCAAAGCAGCACGUCCCAGAAGAGCAUCCUAAGGAUGCAGCUUCCUAUGUAGAGAAGAGACUAAUGAAGCUGCUGGAAGCUGGAGUGGUUUCUGCAUUAGUAUGCAUGGUCAAACAUGAAAGUCCUGCUCUUACAGAUGCUUGCAGAGAAUGUAUCGCCAGAGUGUUUUUGGCCUUGGUGGAAAGACAAGAAGAUCGAGGCAGAGUUGUGGCACAGGGUGGAGGAAAGGCUCUCAUCCCACUUGCAUCUGAAAACACAGAUGUAGGAAAAGUAAAAGCAGCACAAGCACUUUCCAAAAUUACUAUUACAUCCAAUCCAGAGAUUGCUUUUCCAGGAGAAAGGAUGUAUGAGGUUGUCCGCCCCCUUGUCAGUCUCUUAAAUCUUGAUUGCACCAUGCUACAGAACUUUGAGGCACUCAUGGCUUUGACCAACUUGGCCGGAAUCAGUGAGAGACUCAGACAAAAGAUAAUAAAGGAGAAGGCUGUGCCAAAAAUUGAAGGCUACAUGUUUGAGGAGCAUGACCUGGUCCGAGCAGCAGCUACAGAAUGUAUAUGUAACCUCAUUCUGAGCACAGAGGUGCAGAAGCUGUUCCUCGCCACUGGGAAUGAUCGUCUUAAGCUUCUUGUGCUGUACUGUGGUGAGGAGGAUGAAAGGUUGAGAAAAGCUGCAGCAGGAUCACUGGCCAUGCUGACUGCCGACCAGCCUGAGCUUUGUGCUCGCAUCACCACAACAACCACUCACUGGCUGGAGAUCCUGCAGGCACUGCUACUCAGUGAAAUAUCCGACUUACGUCAUCGUGGUGCCGUCAUUAUAUUUAACAUGAUGCAGGCUGAGAAGAGUCUAGCAGAGACACUCAUUGAGAGUGAGGUUCUGGAGAUUCUUUCUGUUUUGGCAAAAGGAGGACAGAGCACACCAGAACCUGCUUCGAAAGUAGCUCAGAACUGCUUAGAAAAGGCGAUGGAGUAUGGCAUCAUUAUGAGUAGAGAGGGAAAGGAAGAGCCAGGAAGAAAUUGA